AUGUGGCUGGAGCAAGCAACACUCUUAGUAGAUGAAGGUGAGUGCUCCGACAAAGAGAAACGACAACGGAUACUGGAGAGUCUCAAAGGCCCCGCCUUGGAGAUCAUUCAGGCUGUUCGUAUGACUGAACCCGAUGCUAGCCCCCAUGAUUUCAUAGAGGCCAUAGAGAGCAUUUUUGGCACAGUAGAAUCUGGAGAGGAACUCUAUUUGUCAUUUAGAGCCCUGCAUCAGCAAUCCGGUGAACGUCUGUCUGACUUCCUGCGAAGAUUAGAGAGGUCUCUUGUUAAAGUAUUGAAAAUUAGGGAGCGGAAAGACGAUCCCCCAACUUUUCUGAACUUGCUACGAGAAAUGAUUGAAGAGGAAAGCCGACAGUCUGCUAGACAAAGCCAGACAGCACCUGUACGUCGUCAGCAUGUACGCACCAUACAGGCUGAAAAGGAGAAAGAGCCUGAUUCAACCACUCAGCGUGAACUGGAGGCUCAAAUUCAAGAAUUGAAAGCCCGGUUGGAGAAAAGAAACAAUUCAUGGUCCCAGUUGCCGCCGGAUGAUCCUAUCGGGGGUUCAAAAGAAAAGGAAAAGAAAAAACAAAAAAUUGAGUCACAGAGUGAACUGAAGUCACUUAGAAAGCAAGUGGAAGCUCUAGAAAAUAAGAUGAGUGUAAUGGCAGUGAACUACACAUCAGCCCCCAAGCCCAAGAACAUGACACAGCCCAGUAGACACAAAGCAGCCCAAACCCACAAGCCUAUUCCUUUCAAAAUGUCACCUUCCAAAGAUUUUGAUGGUUACUUCUGUUACAAGUGUGGAGAAAAUGGUCAUAUAGCCAACAGAUGCACAUCAGCAGAGAACCCACAGAAAGUCAUAAGAAAACUCAUUCGUGUAGUGCGAGGAGCACCUGACCCCACAAAAACCAACAUCUUGCAUGUGGAUGCCAAUAUGAAUGGUUAG